UCUCCCAACUCUUCCAUACUUGCCCCAUCCAUCAUAUAUUCUUUGCAUUUGGCAUAUUGAUUGCCAAAGGUGAAGCUCUUCGAGAGCAUCAAAUGGCUAGCAUUGAGGAAUAUAAAACGGAGAAGAUAAGCGAUUUUAGAGAAAUGGAAGGUAGAAACAACAAAGCGGUGCAAGAGGAAGAGGAAUGUACGCUGGAUGGGUCCAUUGAUCGACAUGGACGUCCAGCAAUCAAAGGAAAGAGUGGAGGAUGGCAAGCUGGAUUUCUAAUACUUGUAAAUCAAGGGCUGGCAACUCUUGCAUUCUUCGGAGUGGGAGUGAAUCUGGUACUGUUUUUAACGAGGGUCCUACAGCAAAACAACGCUGAAGCAGCAAACAACGUGAGCAAAUGGACAGGAACAGUAUAUAUAUUCUCUCUGGUGGGUGCUUUUGUCAGCGACUCUUACUGGGGCAGAUACAAGACAUGUGCCAUUUUUCAAGUCAUCUUUGUGCUUGGAUUGGUUUUGUUGUCCAUAUCAUCACAUGCUUUCCUGCUCAAACCUGCUGGAUGCGGGGACAGGCAAUCUCUAUGUGGGUCCCACUCCACCGUAGAGAAGGGAGUGUUCUAUCUGUCUAUCUACCUGAUUGCCCUUGGGAAUGGAGGGUAUCAGCCGUCCAUUGCUACCUUUGGGGCUGAUCAGUUUGAUGAGGAGGAUCCCCAAGAAGGGCUCUCAAAGGUGGCCUUUUUCAGCUAUUUCUACCUGGCUUUGAACCUUGGCUCCCUCUUUUCAAACACCAUCUUGGACUAUUUUGAGGACAAUGGAAUGUGGGCCCUCGGAUUUUGGGCGUCCAGUGGAUCUGCCUUCGUGGCAUUGGUGCUAUUUCUUUGUGGUACGCCAAGGUAUAGACACUUCAAGCCAGGUGGCAACCCCUUGCCCAGGGUUUGCAGGGUAGCUGUUGCCGCAGCGAAGAAAUGGAGGGUUGAGAUGCCGCCACGUAUAGAGGACCUACAUGAAGUUGAUGGGAAAGAAUGUGCAAUCAAUGGGGGUAGAAAGAUACACCAUACAAAGGAAUUCAAAUUCUUGGACAGAGCUGCAGUGAUCACAGCCAAGGAUUACAUCACACAUGACAAAGCUCUUCCCUACAACCCAUGGCGCCUUUGCACCAUAACCCAAGUAGAAGAAGUGAAAUGCAUACUCAGACUCCUCCCCAUUUGGCUAUGCACCAUACUCUACUCAGUUGUAUUCACCCAAAUGGCCUCCCUCUUCGUCGAACAAGGCGCUGUUAUGAAAACAACCAUCUCCAAUUUCCACAUCCCUCCCGCCAGCAUGUCGUCAUUUGACAUCCUCAGCGUAGCGGGUUUCAUCCUCUUCUACCGCCGGUUCCUCAACCCCCUCGUGCGUCGACUGAACAAGAAGGACCCAAAAGGGCUAACCGAGCUCCAACGGAUGGGUGUCGGUCUAGUUAUCGCUAUUAUGGCAAUGGUUGCCGCCGGGAUCGUGGAGAUUUACAGACUAAAAUACAAAAUUGGUGAUUGCUACAGGUGCAAGAGUCCUAGUUCUUUGAGUAUACUGUGGCAGAUACCACAGUAUGCGCUGAUUGGAGCUUCUGAGGUGUUUAUGUAUGUGGGCCAGCUAGAGUUCUUCAAUGAGCAGGCCCCAGAUGGGUUGAAGAGCUUUGGGAGUGCUCUUUGCAUGACUUCCAUUUCCUUGGGUAACUAUGUUAGUAGCUUGCUAGUGACCAUAGUCAUGGAAAUCACUGCAAAGGAUGAUAGACCUGGUUGGAUUCCUGGGAACCUUAACAAGGGUCACAUGGACAGGUUUUAUUUCCUCUUGGCAGCUUUGACCACUGUCGACUUUGCCAUCUACGUGGCAUGCGCUAAGUGGUACAGGUGUAUCAAGUUAGAGAAGAAGUGUAUCGACCACAAUGAGGAGGAGAUUGACAGGGUAUAGGAGUUUUGAUGGGCUCAUAUUAACAUUGGUGGGUCUCACUUGUUGGGUUCAAUCCUAAUUGAGAUUAAUGGAUGGUUUAGUGAGAUAAUCUUAAUCAAGUUAAUAAUUACAUAGAUGCAUGUAAGUGGGGCUCACCCACUCACCUAUGAGAAUGUAUGUAAGUGGGGCCUACUCACCCACCCACGUUGUCAUUACUCUUUUAGAUUAUUCUCCACCCAUCACCGCGUACAUAGUGGAGUUAAUGGUUUUGAUCCUAUCUAGAAGAAAUGACUUUUGAGUUUGCCAUUUUUCAAAUAGUUGAUGGUAAGGAUGAAAAUAACAUUGGCUUUUGGAUGGUUGGAAUUGAUUGAUAAAAAGAGAAGAAGACAGAUCCAAAGCUCUCUUUUAGGCUUCUUUUUAUAUUCUCAUUUACUAUUAUAUACAUAUGAGAAAUUGUUUCAAAAUAAAAUCAUGUACAUCAUUUUCUUAGCAGAAGUGGACAACUAUAUGUGAGUCAUUUUCCAUUACAAACUAGUCUGGGAUCUAUGAAAAUGGACAGUUCAUCUUCUCUCUAUCUUGUUGGUUUGUGAUUGAUGUGGUGGUAUACUUCAUUUUUACACUUUGCUUAAAAGGUGUGUAAUUUGGAAUACAAAACUA